AGCGCUAUUUCACAUUUUUAAGGCAAAACAAUCGGUGUUUUGAAGGCCCUGGCAGUGCCGCGGGGGCAGAUCCGGUGGAUUAUAAUCAGCAUGGACAAAUGGGGGAAAGAGGACUUUUGAAGCGCGGCGCACAGUCCUGAUGCUCUAGCGUUACGCAUUUAUUUUACUGUGAGCGCCUUUUUCUCCCCCCUCCCUCCCUCUCUCUCUCCUGUUUGAAUCACUCGCUGCUGCAUCUCAACAUUGCAAAAAAGUCAAAUAUCUGUGGAUAAGGAACAGAGCAGGGUGUUGUCAGAGAGGGAUGAGAGGAGGAGGGGGGCAGUAUGAGGUGUGCUUUUUUUGGAAAAGCCGGAGAAAGACGGACACCGAGAAGGUGCACUGAUGUGCCUGCGACGCGUUACCCUCCUGAGAAAUAAUCGCGAUCAGGGAAGAAAUGGCCUAGUUAAAAAAGCUCAUCGACGCGCCGGCUGAGGAUAGAAAAGAAGAAUCGUGCUUUAGAUGGACGGGCCGUCAUCAUCGUCAUCAUCAUAAUUCUCGCAUCGAGUCUUUUUAGGUGUAAUUUGCGUGCUGACUGCAGCUCUGGACCCAUCAGGAGUUCCAAGGAGGAAGACGGAUGAGACCACAGAGUCUACCUGAGAAUGCUACCUGUCCCUCCGCCUCACCAUGUCACCCUAAGAAAACUGCUGACCUGUCCCCGUCCACAAAUCCUCUUUUUUCCUUUGUUAUCUCCCAUAACCCACUGAGUUUGUGAUCCCUCUCUACACCCAGCUGAAGUCCUAGUGAUAUGGCUAAAAGAGCCUUUAUUUUGGACAUGUUGUUUUUUCCUCUCAAUGCUGCCAGCCACCAUGGCUAUGGUGGGAAGCGGCAUUAUACUUCUCAGCAGGUUGCUAAUCACUGUCUGCUGUGGCUCUGGGGACUCGUGCUACACCUCACCCUGUCCUCAUGCCAGCGGGUUGACCUGAAACACCCCAUAGUGUCCACAGGCUAUGGAAAGGUCCGUGGCAUCAGGAAGGAGCUCAACAAUGAGAUCUUGGGCCCUGUGGAACAGUACUUAGGUGUGCCGUAUGCCACUGCACCGAUCGGCGAGCGCCGCUUCCAGCCUCCUGAAGCUCCAGGCUCCUGGCAAGAGAUCCGCAAUGCCACCCAUUUCGCACCAGUGUGUCCCCAGAAUGUGCAUGGGGUUUUACCGGAGAUCAUGCUACCAGUGUGGUUCACAGAUAACCUGGAUGCUGCAGCGACCUAUGUUCAGAACCAGAGUGAGGACUGCCUUUACCUCAACAUCUAUGUACCCACUGAAGACGGUCCGCUCACAAAAAAACAUGAUGAGUCUUCAAUGAACAGACCGAGGGAUGAAGAUAUCCGGGAUCGUCGUAAGAAGCCUGUGAUGCUGUUCAUUCACGGAGGCUCCUACAUGGAGGGCUCAGGGAACAUGUUUGAUGGCAGCGUCCUCGCUGCCUAUGGAAACGUCAUCGUGGUGACCAUGAAUUAUCGGCUUGGUGUGCUCGGCUUCCUGAGCACAGGGGACCAGUCUGCGAAGGGGAACUAUGGCUUGUUGGACCAGAUCCAGGCCCUGCGCUGGCUCAAUGAAAACAUUGGCCACUUUGGAGGAGACCCAGAGAGAAUCACCAUCUUUGGCUCGGGAGCCGGUGCCGCCUGUGUGAACCUUCUUAUCCUCUCCCACCACUCCGAGGGCCUGUUCCAGAGGGCCAUCGCUCAGAGCGGCUCGGCCAUCUCCAGCUGGGCGGUCAACUACCGACCGAUGAUGUACACCAAGAUCCUGGCGAGGAAGGUGGGCUGCACUCUGGGGGACAUGGCAGAGCUGGUGGACUGCUUGAGGAGGAAGAGUUUCCGGGAGCUGGUGGACCAAGACAUCCAGCCUGCACGCUACCACAUCGCCUUCGGACCCGUGGUAGACGGGGACGUGGUACCCGAUGACCCUGAGAUCCUCAUGCAGCAGGGCGAGUUCCUGAACUACGACAUACUGCUGGGUGUCAACCAGGGAGAGGGCCUCAAAUUUGUGGAUGACAGUGAAGGAGAAGACGGGAUAUCAGCAGCCUCUUUUGACUACACCAUCUCCAACUUUGUGGACAAUCUGUAUGGAUACCCUGAUGGUAAAGACAUCCUAAGGGAGACCAUAAAGUUCAUGUACACAGACUGGGCUGACAGGGACAACAGUGACAUGCGGAGGAAGACCCUCCUGGCUCUGUUCACAGACCAUCAAUGGGUGGCCCCGGCUGUCGCCACUGCCAAACUACAUGCUGAGUUCCAGUCGCCGGUCUAUUUCUAUACCUUUCACCACCACUGUCAGACGGAGGCGAGGCCUGACUGGGCAGACGCAGCCCACGGAGAUGAGAUCCCCUAUGUGUUUGGGAUUCCCAUGGUGGGAGCCACUGACCUUUUCCCCUGUAACUUCUCCAAGAACGAUGUAAUGCUCAGUGCCGUAGUCAUGACAUACUGGACCAACUUUGCCAAGACAGGGGAUCCCAACCUCCCAGUUCCUCAGGACACCACGUUUAUCCACACUAAGCCCAACCGCUUCGAGGAGGUCAUCUGGACCAAGUUCAGCUCCAAAGACAAGCAGUACCUGCAUAUCGGCCUGAAGCCUCGCGUCAGAGACAACUAUCGGGCCAACAAGGUGGCCUUCUGGCUGGAGCUGGUGCCACACCUCCACAGCCUCCACAAGGAAAUCAUCAGCUCCAUCACAACUCGACUGCCGCCCGGAGGCCCCAACCGCUGGAAGCCCGUCGGUGGCGGUGGCACACGCUCCACACGACCCGCAAUCUCCACCUACCCGCCUGAUCCUGAGCCCGAUGGUUCAGAGAGGCCCCGCUAUUCUCCCUUCCCUGACGAGACAAGGGACUACUCUACCGAGCUGAGUGUGACAGUCGCUGUGGGCGCCUCACUUCUUUUCCUAAACGUGCUGGCCUUCGCCGCACUUUACUACAAACGGGAUAAGCGCCACGAACUCAUGCAGAGACGCCACCGCCGACUGUCCCCGCAGCGCGGCACGACGAUGGGCAUGGGUGUUGGCAUGGGAGUAGUAGGGGCCCCACCGCACAAUGACCUGGCGCUGAGUCAGGAGGAGGAGCUCAUGUCGCUGCAGAUGAAGCAGCAGAGAGUGGAGCUGGAACAUGGCACGCCCCUACCGUCCCGCGGCGUCCACGGAGACCUGGAACCCCUGCGGCCUCCAGUGUGCCCACCCGACUACACGCUGGCCCUGCGACGGGCGCCGGAGGACGUGCCACUGAUGACAGCCAAUACCAUCACCAUGAUCCCCAGCACCAUCAGCAGCAUGCAGCCCCUCCACCCGUUCAACACUUACCCCCCUGUCCCGGCCCCGUCCACCACACCCGUCCCCAGCCACAGCAACAAUGCCCUGCCACACCAACACUCCACCACCCGCGUAUAGGACCAGGCACAACCUCUGCUACCCGACUCUGGGCUUACAGAGACGCACCACACAAACUGCUCCAUCCAAACUCCACCCUCAUCACCCUCUUUCCUUCUUUACUAUUGUCUUUUCUCAUUAAGCCCUCAAAUAAAGCUGCAGUUUGGAAGAUUUUAAGCAGUGAAAUACCUCUAAAGUGUAAUCAUAAGUCAAGGGGGAGUUGAUUUUAAAAGCCCGGUCCAUUCUGCUUCGCCCCGUUUAAGCUCUUUGAAUAUUUCGUGCUUAGGUGAGCCACUGAACGCAGCUUUAAGCUCUCUCUCUCCAAGAGGUACGGAGCUGAUCGCAAUCAGUCUUCUGUGUAGCUCGGUUGUUUUGCACAUGUG